ACCAUUUCACCCGAUUUUCAUCCUGUCACUACUUGCGUAAAAGGCGGAUGUGUCGUGACUUGUGAGCAUUUUCCAAUUUCGACCAACAGUCGCCGCCGUGUUCAUUUACGAACAAUAGUUCAUUAAACGGAACUACCCGCUACCGCGCCGUCGCCACUGCUGUUGACACCGCUAUAAAAUCGUUUACCUACUUACAUUAACAUUUACAAGCUUACAAUAUUUAUAAGACACAUUGUUUAAUUUUUUUUGUUGUUGUUUUUGUACCUCCACCACAUAAUAUAUAUUUAUAUAUAAAUUUAUAUUAUAAUAUAUAAGGUCAAUGGUAUUCGACAACAUUGUUACCUUAGUACAGUAAUUAUAAAUGUUACAAACCGAGAGGAUGCCUGAUCUGGUGGAAGUGAUGAGAAUGGGCAAAGAUCAUCGCCUCAAGCACAGGCAGUUGCCCCUUCAAGUCGACGAAAACUUGACUGUAAGUCAAACUUUUUUCCAUUACUCCCUUCCAACAUGUAUCUCUUUGGCGCACUAAUAUUAGGAUUUCCUUACACAUGUCAUCUUACCAAACGACCAUAUGUACUUUGACUUCAAAAAGGAUUUUUGACACAGUUUGAUCCAUACUUAUUUCCUUAUUAGAUAAAUCCUAGGUGAUUUUCGGUUUUCACUUUUUGCACAAUGUUUUUGCUUUAAACCAAUUUUAUUUCUGAAUUUCCAUGUUGUUAAUAUAAUAUAUAUGCAAUAUAUACAAAUACUUAUACUUAAGUUCAUAACUAUCUUGCAGUGCUUACAAUUCUGGAUUAAAUUGUAUUUUGUUUGCAGUUGGUGAUGGAUCUUAGUAAUGAAGAUCUGGUGCAAGAAGUAAAACAAGUACCACCGAUAAAGGUUCAGUCUGUUGAUAGUUUUGUGAAAAAAUAUCGCAUGUUAAGCAAACGUGAAUUACAAGAUGUUUUAAAAGUUUCUAUCAAAGAAAUAUUGAAUAUAAUGAGUGAAAGUAUUGAUUGUGUUGGAUGUCGUAGGAGGUAAGUGUUAUUCCAUCAUAUUUGUUCUCAAUUUUAUAAAAAAAAACACAAACUUGAUAAAUUAUUUUUGCAAAACAUUAAUUUAUAAAGUUAGGUAUACAUUUAUUAGUUUAUUAAAAGUAAAACGAUGACUGGUUUAAAUUUCUAACAAUAUUUUAAUGAUAAUAUUAUUAGCUAAUCAUUUUUGUAUUGAAAAAUUAAUAUUAAUUUUAUAAAACCUAGAUUUUCAAUUAUAUAUUAUAAAUAGUUCUAUAAAUCGUUUGAUAGAAAUUAAAUUUUGUUAAAUUAUGGUUUAUUUCACAGUAAUACUGUGAAAAAACACAUCUCUAUAAAUAAUUAUAGAAGUUGUAAAUUAGUAAUCUUAAAACAUAAAUAUUGUAUUUAAGGUAAAACUAUUUAACCUUGAUUUUAACUGAUAAAAAUUUUUCUUUUUGUUUGAACUACUUUCUGUUUUUACAAAUUGUAAUAUUCAUUUUUUCAGUUUACUCUAAAAUCAAUUUUAAAGGUAGAUAUAUUUAAAUUUAUUGUAUUUUAUCAGUGUUUAAUUUAAUAUUAUAAAAAAUAUUUAUAAUAUACAUAGGUACCUACUUACAAUUAUUUAAAAAUAUUAUAUUAUAAGAAUUACUAUUAAUAUGAUAGUAAAAGUAUACAUGUUUCUUUUCCAGUGCUGAAAAAUUGUUUCUAGAAAUGGCCAAACUCGGUCAAAAUGCAUUAUUUCCUCUAGUAAUAGUUAACAACUACUCCAUAUCAAUAAGAUGUGAAUUCUACGAUGAAGAAAGAUGCAUGUAUAAUUUACUUCAAAAUACUAAUGGGUAAUUUAUUUAAACUUAUAUUAAAAUUUUAAAAAUAUAUUUUAUUUUGAAAAUUGUUUAGGAAUCGCUUAUCAUCAAUAGCAUCUAGUCGAAGGCAAUCAAAAAAGAGUAGAAGGUGUGUUUACCAUUCCCUUGAGUCUCAAAGACUUGUCAGACCAAUGGCAAGUGGUUGGCAAGAUAUAUGGAAACAUAUGACUGAACCAUGCAGAGAUGAAAUAGUACUUAUAGAAGCUAGUAGUUUGUUAAGCACUCUAGAUAACUAUCUUAGAAAACAUAGGUAAUUUGUAAUUUAUGUUUCUGAGAUAUCUCUUUAUCCUUAAAUAUUUGACCCUUUAAUAUUUUUAUGUUGAUCAAGGGGUAUUUUGUAUUUUUUAAAACUUCAAUUUUGUGAUAAUCAAUGAAAAAUAUUUGAAUUUUAGUCAUUUUAUCAUAAAAUAGUUUGUUUUAAUAUUUUUAAACAAAUAUUAAAAAAAUAAAAAAAUAUGUUUCAUAUCAAAGCAUAAUUUUAAUUUAGCUAGCAAACUAUUUUUUAUCAAACUGUUUUUUGUGCUUAAGUAUAAUAAGAAUGUUAAAAAAAAAACUGAUUGUUUAGAUAUUAUGAGAGAAGAAUGCUGAAUUUAAUAUUGAAGAAAAAAAUGCUUGUUAAAAUAUGAUUUUAAUCGUAAUUUUAAACUAACGUAAACUAAUUAUUAACGACUUGUUCAUAAACCUUGAAAAAUGGAAUUUUUCAGAAUUAAACUAAAAUGCUAAAAAUUUACAUUUUUAAACUGUUGGCGAAUGGAGGUCAUUAUAGGACUAGUCUUUUCAUUAACUUCCUUACACUUGUAUUAGGUUUUUAUCCACAGAUUGUAGGUUUCUAGUCUGUAUUAAUCAAGCAAAAAUUGUCGCUAAUAUUUAUAGUUAGUGGUCAUUAGACUUCUCUCCAUAAAACUAAAAGUACCCAAAUAUGAUAAAUCUAUUUUAAUUCCAUCAAUGGCUGAUUAAGUAUUGGAAACCAUACAUUUUUACAAAAUAAUUGAAAAUUUUAAAUUCUCAAUAUUUUUUUUAAAAUUAAUUUACAUUAUGGAAACCCAAACAUUUUCUUGAAGUUUCUAUGUUGAAUCUUGUACAUUUUUACAUUCUUAUUAUAAAUAUGAACAAUAAAAUUGUUAAAUUAUUAAACUAUAAUUGCUCCCAGAUUAAAUACCAAACCUUACAAUUUGUUUUGAAAUUUUAUUAUUUAUAUUAUUAAUGAUACAAUUGUCCAAAAUCUGCUUUUAUUAAACUAAUAAUUACUUUAUUACAUUAUAGUAUUUUUAAUAAAUUAUUUCUAUAAUUAUUCAUUAGGUUUUGUGGAGAUUGCCGUACUAAAGUGAUGAAAGCAUAUGCUCUUCUUAUUGAAGAAGAAGAUCCGUCCAAAGAAAAGGGUUAUGUAGAAGAACUUUACUCUGGUAUUAAAAGGUGUGUUGGAGAUAAACAUGUGCAUUUGGACACUGAUAUUAAUUAUAUCGGAGCAUUAAUUAGUCGAGCUGAACCAGAACUAAUGGGAAAGUAAGCACAAACUUACAAAUAAUAAUAAUUAUUAGGGUCCAAAUGCUAAUACCUCAAACAUUAUUGUAAAAUAACUUAAAAAAAGAGCUUCUUUGCUAAAUAAAACUCUUAAAAAACUGAUACUAGGGACAAAUGUAUCACUGUUUUAGAUGGGAAGUUGGGAAGAUAGGAUACAUAAAGUUUUUAAAUUUAUAUCUGUAAGUAACAACAAACCAUUGCUAAUAAAAAAUUAUUUUGAGCGAAGUUAGAUUAUAAAUAUAUUGAAAUGCUGUGAUUUGUAUGACUCAUCAAAAUUUUAAUUUAAUUUCUAAACAAAAAUUGACUACAAUUAUACUCUACUUGUUUUAUUUGACCAUUCAAUCCUACUUAUAAUAAACCUCCUUUAAAAUUUUCAAGUAAUUUUGUUCGGUUAAACAAAUUUUUCCAUAUAGUACCUACAAAAUAAAAACUACAUAAAAAACUCAUCAUUAUAUUAUAUAUAAUAUUAAAACUUCAGGAAAUUUUGAAAAUUUUACUAAUUCAUCUAGAAAAGGCCAAUACAGUUGAAAUUGUUGAUACCUCAAACUUUUUCCAUGGUCCCUAUAAUUUCCUAUUUAAAUAAUGUAUAAAAUAUCCCAUUUAAUUUAAAUAUUCCGUUGAUAACCCGAAGUUCCAAUUUUAUUAGAAUCCGUGUUAUAUGGAUUAUUCUCCUGUGUAUAUACAUGUAUUAUCAAAAAUAAAGUUUAUUAAUGUUAUGGUUACUUAUGCAGUUUUUACAACUGGUUUACCACUCGUUAAUAUAACACAUUAUUCACUUACAUGUAUAUAUACUUUAGUGCUUCAUUAUGUGUUUCAAUGAAAAUGAUUUUAAGAUUGUUUGAUAUUAAUGAAUCAAAUAAAAGUAAUAGAAAAUAAUGAAUCUAAUAUUUUCUGCUCUUUUUAUUUUUCCCAGUAUUGGUCAAUUAUUAACAAAUCUGUAUGGAAUAUUAUAAAAACUGCUACUUUAUUACUCACUUACUAAAUUUAAAAUUUAACAAAAGUGAAAAAAAUUAUCUUAUUGUUUUUUUUAUUAACCAGUUGUUGGUAUUGUUAGAUAACAUCUCAUCAUUGAUGUUAAGUGAGUGCCACACUUCACCCCCUUGUUUUUUCAUUAUUUUCUAUAUAAUAAACAUAAAAACAUUGAAAGCAACACCAAAUUAUUUAUAUUUUACAUAUUAAAAACAACACUAUGAUUCAUAUUGGCCUGAGUGGUCCAACAUGACGUUAAGUUGUAAACGCAACACUCAUUAUAUGAAUUCUGAUAACAUACAAUGUUUUAUCAUAUUUAUUCAUAUAUUAUUAAGAAAUAUUUAUACAAUUUUUUUAUUUACUAAAGUAUUUGGAAACAUGUGGAUUGAAAGUAUAAAUAGUAUCAGAAGAAUUAAGUAACAAAUGAACAAGUGGUUCUCAAAAUACUAAAAAAGUGAACACUCGUAAUGUUUCUAAUAUAAAACAUAAUUUGCAAAAAUUUAAAGCAAUGGAAUCUGAAAAAUUGCAAUUUAAUAUAAAUAUUUGUGUGUUCUGCAUGUACAUUGUUUUCCAGCUUUUCCUAAUUAUUUUUAAAACCCCAUGAACAAUCAAAAAAUAACCUUCCCAAUACCCCAACUAGAUCCCAAAUGUAACGAAAAAGGUUUUGUCAUUUUCGAUUGGAGUAAACUUUUUGGUAGAAAAGUUUCUCACAAACACACACACACACACUCAUAAAAAAAACCAUGCAGUAUAGUAAGACAAAUAGAUCCCUUGAUCAGCUUAAAAUCUAAAAAUGUUAAAAAUGCAAAAAUUAAAGUUUCACUAUUGAAGUAUCUGUUCCAAGAAUCAAAUUUUGAAUAUGAAAAACAUUGUCUUCUUUAUCUGAAAAAAAAAAAUGUUUUAAAAAAAGUACAUUUAGCAUUGAAUUCUGGACUUAAAAAAUAAUGGUAAUAAUAAUACAAAAAUAAAAAUAAUUAUGAAUUAAUUAUCAUUAGUCGUAGAGAGCGACAUGCUAAAACUAUAGAGAUUGCUCAAGAAGAGGUUUUGACGUGCCUGGGUAUUUGUGUAUAUGAACGAUUACAUAGAAUACAAUUGAGGAUAAGAGAAGAACAAUAUACUUGCCAAGUUCUGGCAGCAGCAGCUAUUGAUGGUCUUGCCAGAAGAUUUGAAGUACUUUUAUUUUUAUUUUAUUUUUUUUCCAAGUGUAAAAUAUAUUUCAUAAUAAAAUGUUAUCUAGACUGCCAUUGAAGUUAAACAAGGAUUUACCAAAUUAGAUCAGUUUUAUAAUGAAUUUUCAAGAAAAGAGAAGAAAACACAAAAAAGGAAACGAUUCAGGAAACAAAAACGAUUACAGAAAAAAGAAACUAAACAAGAUGACUCGGAAUUAAAACCAUGUUGUAAUGUAAGUUAUAUAUUUAAUCAAAUAUAUGUAUAGUAUUAUAGUAUGAACUAGAUUCAAAGUACAAAAUACUAAUGUGUUCUUAUAUAGGUUAGUUUAGAUGAAGAUUGUUUGUGUGAUGUAGAUGAAGAAAUAGAUUUUGGAGGUGAUAUCGAUGAUGAUGAUGAUUAUGAUGGUGCACAAUCUAAUGUAUGUUUUGAUGUAUAUUUUGAAAUUAUUUAUUGAUUUUUAUUUAAUUUCUUUUUUUUUUAUAGGAAAGAGAAGAUUCUGAUGAAAUUUGUGAUCAUAUUGAUGAGGAUUGUAGAUGUGAAGUAAUAGAAAGAGUAAAAAAAGUAAGUGUUAUACUUUUAAAGUUUGUAAACUUAAAAAUAAUUAAUUUAUGUUUUUGUAGCAGCUUAAAUUAUUGACUGGCGAUCGAAAGAAAAGUGUUUCCACACCAAUUAAACUAUGUAGUUGUGUUGAAUGUAACUCUAAAGGGACUAGAAAAUCAAAAAAGAAAAAAAAUAAUGGAGAAAAAGAAAAGCGCAAUAAAAAGAAGCAGUCUAAAAGCAAUAGAAAAAAUGCCAAAAAAAUUAAAAAGCCACCAGUUCAAUCACAAAACCAGCCAAAAAACAAAAAUACUUACGAUUUGAAUGUAGACGAGGAUGAUGACAUUGAUGAUGAAAUAGAGGACCAAAAUUCUGUUGAUGAACAUCAGUCAGAAGGUGGUGAUUGUAAGUCAAAUGUAAUCAAUCAUGAUCUUUUACCUGGCAGUUGUAGUUCAUGUCCAUCAUUAUGUGACCAUUCACAAGAUUAUGGCUAUGCAUCAGCAGAAAAUAAUAACCACAGUAACAGUACAAGCUCUCCAGAUGGUUCAGAUGUGGCAUGUUCUGAGGGAUUUUGUAAUCAUUCAGGUAAUGCAAAAGUAUAAUAAAGUACAAUAAGUACAAUAAAAUAGUGAACUAUAUAAAGUCAUAAUUUGAUAUAGAACGAUUUUGUAAAGGUGUUGUAUAAUUCAUAAUGGAUAAAUAAAAAUUGAUUCUUUUAACAAUAGAUACUAAGUAGAUGCUUCUUCUAUGAAUUAUCAAGUAUUAAUGUCAAAUUUUCCAUAGAUAUCUGUAAAUGCUUAUUAUGCGAGCUCUGGAGUUUUAAUAAUAAAAGUAUACAUUUUUAGUUCUUUAAAAUCCAUUUAAAACACCAAAUUAAUAUCAUUGAGAUGUGAAAAAAAUUUUUUUCUUACCAAGUGUUCUGUUUUAUCAAAAAGAUGAUUUUUUAAUUGCUAGAACUUUCGAGUACCUUUUAUUAUUUACUUACAAUACAAUUUUUGCUUAUUAAAAAGUGUUUUUUCAACAUCUCUAAAUUGUUCACUUUUGUUUUUGUUUCAGGAGAUACUAAUUUUGUUAAGUUAAGAUGUUAUUCAAACAUGGGAACGGAACUCAGCAAGUCAUUGCCACUUCAUCAGUUAUUAAUAGAAGAAUUGGUUGGUUAUUAUUUAUUUAAAUUUAAAUUAAUUUGCUAAUAUUCCAUUAUAACUUUGUUUUAUUUUCUUAGGAAAAGAACACAAUCAUUAUGGAUGAAACUUUCAUACCAUCAGAAGAAGUGGAGAUGUACAAAGUCUGUGCAAUGUUAGUGAAUGAGAAACGUCUAAAGCUUAGGCAGACACUUAAAAGUGGUUUUGCUAAUUUAAUAGACCCUCAGAUCUUGUGAGUCAUUGUUGGAGUGGCAUUCUCACUUCUCUUAUUCCAAAACAUUUUUAAGAAAACAGUUUUAGUUAAUUUUUCAUUACUUAUACUUAUAUAAUAUAAUAUAGAAACAUUUUUUUUUUUUUUUUUGCAUACAUAAAACAUAUUUCUUUUAGUUAAUAUUUAUAAAUAAUUUGUUCUGACCCGUUUUGAUUAGAUCAAUGCAAAUUUAUUUAAGAAUAUUUUUUAUAUUAUAAAUUAAAAAUUUAUUAGUGGAUUUUAAUAGUUUAUUUGAUAACCAUUAUUAAAAAGAGUAUAUGCCAUUUAUUU